AUGUUUAUUGUAGCGCUAGUUGUCAGUGAUUUACUUAUAUCUGUCAGCUGUAUGCCUCUGUCAGUUGCUACUCUCGUUCAAGGCCGAUGGAUUUUCGGGACCCGUGUUUGUCGACUCCAGGGUGCUGCAAUGUUUACGUUUUCAUUGGCGUCUCUAAAUACAAUGGGGGUUAUUGCAGUUAGCCGAUAUUUUUGCGUGCUGAAACCAACGAGGGACAUUGUAUUAUUCCGGAGGCAAAGAAUUUUGAUGUACACUGCGGUAGUAUGGUGUAUGGCUCUGAUUGGUUCAGUGCCUCCGCUAAUUUUUCAGACAGGCGGAUACACUUUCCAACCUGGAAAAGCAAUGUGCAUGUACCCAUUCCAAACUAACAUUGCUUAUACCGUCUUCAUCGAAUGUGUGUUUGUCGCUGCGCCCUUUACAUUCAUCACUUUCUGCUACGCCAAAGUGUUCUACACAGUGUCAAGAUCAAAUCGUGUUUUCAUGCAAGAAAAUAACCCUGAACAGCUCAGAGCAAACGUCGAAGAAGUCAAAGUGACCAAGACAUUAGCCUUGGUCAUGGCCAGUUUCUCCUUAUGUUGGCUUCCUAUCUGUAUUAUGGAUUACAUCGACGCAGCACGCGGGGAGCCCACUUUUCCACGACAAGUAUAUCUUACAUACGGGUUUCUGGCCUACCUAAGUAGUACAAUCAACCCCUUUAUAUAUGGCGCUACCAAUAGGCGCUUCAGACAAGAAUACAAAACUAUUUUGAAAAAGAUAAGUUUGAUCUUUACUUGUGGUCGUUGCAGCUGAAGACAGAAUGGAACGUUCGAUAAUCCACCAAAUUUUAGCGGUGACCGAGCUUUAAACUAUGUUAAAACAAAUGUGGAAAACAAGAUGUCAAUGUUAGACAAGUUCAAGGCCUUUUGAGGUGAUACAAUGAAGACCUAACAAGUUUAAAACGAAGAGUAGACGAAAGUGCUUUGAAAAAAGAAAUAAUUUUACUACUACUAAUAAUUAGCAAUUAGUCCUCGAGCCCGAAUGGGCUCUGAGUCAAUAGCCCAAACGAAGGCCGAAUGGGCUAUUGACUCAGGGGCCAUAAGGGCGAGAGGAAUAAUUGUUUUAGUAAAAUCCAACUAGUUGGUCAAAAAUAUCGAGAAUAGAAAAAAAUUUACCUACUUUAAGCUAGACUUGAAUCCUUUUUUGCCGCCAGAAAGCCGCCGCUUUUCGCUACUAGUGGACUAUAACAUAUAGCCUAGUAGUAGCUCAACCAAUCAGAACGCAGCAUUGAUAAUAGACCACUAGUUGGAUUUUACUAAUAAUAUAAUAAUCUACGAAUUUAUAUAGCGCGUAUUUACAUAUGCUGAUCAAAAGCGCUUUACAAUCAUAUGUUUAAGAGAAAACGAAAAUACAUUACCGUGAGAAUAAAAUAACCUUAGUUACAAACUACAAAAAUACUUCUUAAAAAGAUACCUUUUAAGUCGAAAUUUAAAAAAAAUAAGUGAUGUUGCUUGACGAGGCUCCACAGGCAGGCCAGUCCAGAGUUUCGGAGCUGCUGCUGAGAAUGAUCAUGCUCCCAAUGUUGUAAGCAUGUUUCCCUUGAGAUGGUCCAAUAAGAGCUUACCAGUAGACUUAAGGUUAUAUAAUGAAUUCGAUUUUAUACUAAUAAGAUCGCUAAGAUAAGUUGGCGCUAGGCCAUAAAUACAUUUGAAAGUCAAAAGUAAAAUCUUAUAGUCAAUAGGCAAAGAAACCGGCAGCCAGUGCAGCUCAUAAAGCGCCGCUGUAAUGUGAGAAAAUUUUCCGAUGCCAAGAAUAAGUCUUGCUGCUACAUUUUGUACACGCUGUAAUUUAGCGAUCUCUGCCUUUGGUAAGCCAAACAAUAAACAAUUACAACGGCUGGUUAUAAAAGCAUGAACCAAAGUAAUUAAAGAAUCUCUCGACCGGUAUUUCUUAAUACGUCUCAAGUUAUGUAAAUGAUAAAAUGCCGCAGUACAAGCCUUGUUUAUAUGAUCAGUCAUGCUUAAGUUGCUGUCAAACCACGAGCCAAGGUUUUUAACACAUGGGCUUGGACUGAUACGAUUAUUGCCCACAGUAAUGGAACACGAAUGUAGUUUAUCAAGCUGUUCAGGCUGUUGUCGUGUGCCGACCAACAAAACCUCCGUUUUAUCAUCAUUGAUCAUCAACCGAUCUUGAAUCAUCCACUUACUCACCGCGUCAAUGCACUUUUCCAUAGCUUGUAUAGCAUCAACUUGAGUAGUGUUGCCGAGUGGUUUAAAACUCAGAUACAGCUGCGUAUCAUCUGCGAAACAGUGAGCAUCGGGAAGAUAAUGUUCCACGAUCUUAAACAGCUUAGACGCAUAAAUUAUGAAUAGCAAAGGCCCUAAACAUGAGCCUUGGGGUACCCCGCAGUUCAAGUCAAAAGGACGAGAGAGAACUCCAUGUACAGAAACGCGCUGACUUCUAUCAGACAAGUACGAUCUAAACCAAUUCAGAGCAGUCCAACGUAUGCCAACCUCGUCAGAUAGCCUCUCUAAAGUAUUCGAUGAUAAACAGUGUCAAAGGCAGCACUGAGAUCCAAUAAAAUUAACAAAGUGACAUGUUGAGAGUUCAUCUUUAACAAAAUAUCGUUCAUCACUUUGAUAAGUUCCGUUUCAGUGCUAUGGAAUUGCCUAUAACAAGAUUGAAGGGCAGGAAAAAUAGCAUUUGAAACCAUGUGAUCGUAAACUUGAAUAAAAACGACUUUUUCAGUCAACUUGGAUACGUAUUGUAAGUUAUUAACUGGUCUGUAAUUUUUGUACAGCAAAUCCAAUCCAGGUUUCUUCAAGAUAGGAUUAAUAAGCCCACAUUUCCAAUCAUCAGCAAAUUCUCCAAAAUUAAGAGACAGGUUGAUCAUUUUAGUAAUGACUGGUAAUAGCACAUCAGCACAGCUGAUUACUAAAGGUGUUGACAUCGGAUCAAACAUACAGCUCUUCUUCGGAGAGCAGCCAAUCAACUUACUAACUGCACUUUCAGUUAAAGGGAUAAAGCUUUCCAGUGUUCUAGUUGGUAACGUUUUCACACAGUCAAAAUGGGAAUCAUGCAAACAAUCAGCUAGUCUGUCCAAUUUGACAUGGACGGCGUCAAUCUUUUCAACAAAGAAGCUACCCAUUUCAUUGGAUAAAACCAGCUUGUCACUAGUUGGUGGAAAAGGUACUUCAUGACCUUGAUUUAGCAACCUCUUUGUUGUCGAGAAUAGGCUCCUUUGAUUGGAGUUAUUUUCAACAAUAAAGUCUGAGUAAGACUUACGACGGGCUUCAUUCAUCAGGUAGGUUGUAAAGUUCCUCUUCUUUUUAAAUUCAAGCAAAUCACGGACACAUCGAGAUCGACGCCAUUUUCUUUCAGCUCUCCGGCUUUCUCUCCUGGAAUCCCUAAUACCUUCACUAAACCAAGGUCUAAAAGGGUUUUUAAUACAAAAUAUUUCGAAAAGAUGCUAUUCUCUCGCACUUUGCAAUAAAACUGUCACGCGUGGUAAUGAACUUAGCUUUUGCACCCUGUAAUGACAGGCCAUCGCAUUUUUGUUAGAAAACAAGUUGUCGCACUCUUUUAUCAACGCUAUUAAAGUUUUUAAGUUGGAAAAGAAACGAAACUCUCGGAAGAUUGAUGUGCAUGUACAAGACAAAUCAUUUUCGACAUUAUGAUAAGAAAUUCAAUUAGCAUAGAUGGUUUUUCAAAUUCUAAGUUACCAUCAUUCUUAUAAGAGAGUACGAAGCCUUUGUUGAAUUAGGAAUAAAGUAAAGUUAUUUUCAAGGCUAAGAAUAACCGCACUAUGUCUUCAUAAAAUGAGACCUUAUUAUGGAAAUACUCAAAAGUAGGUUGAGUUUGAUCGUCCGGGUGAACGUAUUCCUGAAUAACACUGUUCUUGUUGACAGUGAGUGACGCUUCGACAACCUGUGCGGUAGUUAGGCCUAGAUACAAAUAUCACGAAAAUUGCCUAAAUAUGUUUCCGGAAGUUCCCAAUUGUUUUUCUAAAUAUCUCCAAAAACUUCUAAAUAUCUCAAAAAUAUCUGGCUUCAUUUCAUAAAUAUUACUUAACAGUAUAAACAACAAAACAAGCCGCUCAUCUAAAAUUGCGACAGAAAUUUCAGCAAAUUUUAGGAAAUUAUAUCCUGGUACAGCAUACUACAAAACUCUAAGCAAUUUCAUAUAAAUUCAGCCUUAUUUACAGCACCCCUCAGCCUUCAAGAAGACUAGGGCACUGCACUUUAAUACAGGCUUAGACCGUGAAAGAACAUUAGGUGCUGGAGGUCUUAAGUGGUCUAAAAGGGACACUGCCGUUUGGUUUGGGCGUGGCUUAAAGGGUACGUCCUCAGCCAUUUGUUGAACAUUAGCCACAUUGCAUAUAUUAAAAAUGGAGGAUAUUGCUGAAUCUGAUUACAACAGGCCCAUAUGUGGAGAUUUGUUUGAAUUUCUGUCACUCAAAUGCCCAUGCCCUAAUUAGCAUUGAAGUAGCUUCUUAGAAAAAACAUGAUUUCAGUACUUUUUUCGUAACAAAAUUCUAAAUAUCCCAUUUUUUUUCUAAAUGUCAUGACAUUUUCUAAAUAUCGCCAAAUCUUCUAAAUGCCUUUAAAAAUAUCCGGAUCACUGUACCUAGGCAUAGCGGAAGUCAUCUUCAGAGUCAAAAUAAGUUGUAUCACGCCAGUUGAUGGUAUUAUACUCUGGCCCUGAUUGGUCAAUUACGUCGCGAUGUUAUUGGUCGUCUUUCAGUUAAGCCGUGAUAUUAUUGGCUAUGAAGACUCGUAAUGUUAUUAGUGCGUUUCGAUCCGUCUAUUGUUAGGCAAAUUGUCACUUGUCCAGUCGUUUUCUCGUAGUAAGUUGUGCUUGAUUUUGUCAAUAAGUCGUUUUUACGGUGCCGGUAACUGUUGACUACGAUUCAGUGGCGUUUGUUUUAAGUUGGUAAACCAGCUUUCUAAAGUGAGUCGUUGAUAGUAGUCUGUAGAAUACGUAAUACAUGUUGCAAAGUCCCAGUCGACUUGAUGUUCCGUCUGUAAAUGGUGUUCAGCAAUGUGAUUGUUGACGCCACCAUUUCUCGUCGCUCAUUUGUUUUCGGUCAUUCGCGUGCUAAGGUUUCUGUCGGUUCCAGCAUUUGAUCUUGUAUACUUCUCUACUGUCUUUGUCCUUAACAUUAGUAAGUAGUCGUCGUAAAGUGGUUAUCGGUUUGUGUGCAACACUUAUAUUGCAAGGUUGUAGUAUACGUGCGAUAGUUUCAGAGGUGCCUCUGAUGUACGGUAUAGUCGCUGUCGUAACAGGGCCAGAGUUGACGUUGGUUUGAGUGUUGGACUACGUUCACCCGGACGAUCAAACUCAACCUACUUUUGAAAUGACACAUGGGUUCAAACCUUACAUAGUUUUAUGAAAAUACUCUUUAGGAAGAUAUUGGAUGCAAAUGAAUUAAUUUCAAGUUUUAAUAAACCCAUAAACCAAUCACAAACAAGGAAACGUCUGCGAAGUGAAUGAAGCUUACCCGACUACUUAAGUGACCACUAUCGAAUUGCCUCGUGCAUUGGAAAACGUUAGGGACCUUAAGAUCUGAGGACGGCGACGGCAGCGAAAACGUAGCUGAAAAAGUGAAUUCGCGUUCUUUCAAUCUUCAUCGCGAUUACUCCAAGUCACUAACUUUAUCAAAGGUGAACCCUCCUAAAAGUUGAAUUCCUAAAGAACCAUAUCCAAGUUCAAAGAGAGAGAUGAAAUUUCGUCGUCGCUUAAUUGUGUACUUCCGCUGUAAAAAGUGAAAAUAGGCAUUUUCACGUCGUAGUCGUGCAGUGAUGGCAAAAAAAGAUGGCAAAAAAGCGUGAUGCGCGUGCAAAAUUGUUGUUUUGGUUAUGAAACCUUUUUUUGACGUUCUUGUUGCCGUCGCCGUCGUCGGAUGUUAAGCGCCCUAGUUUACCCCUAAAUGACGGAGAGGCAGACACUCUUGGCUACUAGGAUAUCUCUUCUUUUUGGGGCAGCUGUUUGAGUCUUUGCUAGCUGUAAACAGUGAAUUCAAAUUAACUUCAAACUUGGUGUUGAUAUAAAUAAUUAUUGAUUUGACAUUUUUCAUUAAUGACACGAACACCUGAUCCAGUAUAGAAGGUUACUUCCCUUAAACGUUGAAAACAGUAGAGUUCAAACUAUUACAAAGAUCUUCCCAAGAUUUCGCUGAAUACUUUCAACGAAUUCGUUUGAAUCAGCCUCGUAUUAUGGAACAUCUGCAUUCCAGCGAGCUCCUCAAAAGAGCACAGUAUCUAGUCUGGAUUGAAGCAAUUUUCCUUGCUAUCGUCAAUAUAAUGGCCAUCUCUGGAAACAUUUCUGUUUGCUACGCCGUGUAUAGGAACCGGAGACUUCGUUCGCUUAUCAACAUGUUUAUUAUAGCGCUAGCUGUCAGUGACCUACUAAUAUCUGUCAGCUGUAUGCCUCUUUCAGUUGCUACUCUCUUUCAAAGCCGAUGGAUAUUCGGGACUACUGUUUGUCAACUACAGGGUUUUGCGAUGUUUACGUUUUCAUUGGCGUCUCUAAAUACAAUGGGGGUUAUUGCAGUUAGCCGAUAUUUUUGCGUGGUGAAACCAACGAGGUACAUUGUUUUAUUCAGAAAACAAAGAAUUUUGAUGUACACUGCGGCAGUAUGGUGUAUGGCUCUCAUUGGUUCAGUGCCUCCGCUAUUUUUUCAGACAGGCGGAUACACUUUCCAACCAGGAAAAGCAAUGUGCAUGUACCCAUUCCAAACUAACAUUGCUUAUACCGUCUCCAUCGAAUGUGUGUUUGUCGCUGCGCCCUUUACACUCAUCACUUUCUGCUACGCCAAAGUGUUCUACACAGUGUCAAGAUCAAAUCGCGUUUUCACGCAAGACAAUAACCCUGAACAGCUCAGAGCAAACGUCGAAGAAGCCAAAGUGACCAAGACAUCAGCCUUGAUCAUGGCCAGUUUCUCCUUAUGUUGGCUUCCUAUUAGCAUUAUGGAUUACAUCGACGCAGCACGCGGGGAGCCCACUUUGCCACGUAAGGUGUAUCUCACAUACGGGUUUCUGGUCUACCUAAGCAGUGCAGUUAACCCCUUCAUAUAUGGCGCUACCCACAGGCGCUUCAGACAAGAGUACAAAACUAUUUUGAAAAAAAUUAGUUUGAUCUUUACUUGUGGCCGUUUCAGCUGAAGACAGAAUCGACCGUCCGAUAAUCCGCCAAGUUUAGUGGUGUUGGAGCUUUAAAUUUUGUACAUACAAGUUGUCGCAGUGCAUUAUAAUCGCCAUUAAACUUUUUGAUAAACUUGGAAAAGAAAUGCAAGUCUCGGACGAUUGGUGUGCAUAUUUAAUAAGAAUCAUUGUCGGCAUCAUAAUAAAAAUUUCAAUUAGAAUAGAUUGUUUUUCAAACUCUAAUGUAGUAUAUUUCUCAUAAUAGAGUACGAACGCUCUGUUGCAUUUGGCAUAAGUAAAGUUAUUUUCAGACCAGGCCUAACCGUACAUUAUCUCUUCACAAAUGAAAUGAGACAUAUUCUUUACGAAGAUGUUGGAUGCGAAUGAAUUAAUUUCAAGUUUUAAUAAACCCGUAAACCAUAACAAACAAGAAAAUGUCUGCGAAGUGAAUGAAGUCAACGGACGGCUUAAGUUACAAAUGUCAAAUUUCUCCAUGUAUUAUUGGAAAACAGAGAGACAGACGCUCUGUGGCUGCUAGAAUAUUUCUUCUUUUUGGAGGUAUAUUUUGCCACUUUUUUUCUGGGCUGUGAAAGAAGGAAUUCAAAUUACUUUCUUGCAUGGUAUUUAUAUAAAUAACUACUGAGAUCUAGAAAACAUUUUUCAUAAAUGAGACGCGACAAACACCUGCUGUAAAAAGACUGCUUCCCUCAAACAUCGAAAACAGCAGAGCUCAAAGCAUGGCUACAUAUUAAAGAUCUUCACAUGAUUUUCCUGAAUUCUUUCAACAAAUCCGUUUAAGUCAGCCCCGUUAUGGAACAUUUGCUCUACAGAGAGCUCCUCAAAAGAGCACAACAUUUAAUCUGGACUGAAGCAAUUUUCCUUGUUAUCAUCAACAUAAUGUGGCCAUCUCUUGUAACAUUUCUGUUUCCAGUGUAGAGGGGGGUAAGAGAAAAAUAUGUUGAAAAGAUUAAAAUUUCUGUAAGGCCCCCCUGCAGACCUUGUAAAUAGCAACUGCCCCAACUACUUUAUUCAAUAUUUACUUGAUGACCCCCUCCCCCACCUCAUAUCUCCUCUUAUAUAUGCUCUACAAAGUAUAUCGUAAAUGCUAUUGAUUUUUGGCCAUCUCAGUUUUAAAAGGAAAUAACAGGAACAAGAAAUAACAAACGCAUUGAAUAACUGACUUUUAUCUCACUUCGUUGUUUUUGCUUUAAAUAUAGUUACUACUCAUGUUAACGGUCACUUCUGAAGAUGUAUGUUGAAGCAGGCGAAACGUCAAGUUCGAUAUUAUAAAGUCAGUUAUACAAUGCAUUUGUUAUUUCUGAUGUUUGUAAAAGCAGUUUGUGUAUUAUUCCGCUGCAAAGUAAUUAAAGUAUUAAAAUGCAUGUAACAUACUUUCAACUCAUAAAAGUGUUGUUUUGUUAAGUAGAAGAAAAGUGAUAGAUUAUUAAAAAUAGUGCCUUCAUGGUGAACACAAUGUAACAGGGGCACCCAACGAGAAUAUAGUUCAAAACCACUUGAAUAUAGAAUUGUUAAACAUAUUUUAGUAUUAAAACGGUAGGUAUAGGGAUAUUUUUAUCCCCUAAAAAUAUUUCACCUGUUCGGAUUUCCUAGCUGAAAGUCUAGUGAUGCGAAAAUUACAGGGAUCAAAACUUAGCUUUUCGAAAAUUUCAGCCAGAAAAAAAGGCUCCAGAAAAUUGUAGGUGACCUUUUUGAGGUAAAAAUCCGUUAAAAAUAGGCAAUUAUACCAUUUGUUAGAUGUUCGAAAAUCCUAGGAGAGGCAGACAAGCAAGAAAUUUUGGAAAAAAUGUUCCGAAAAUUCUAGAUCUCAAAUCGUCUUCCGAACAGAUAUUUCCCGAAAAUUGUUGUUGGGUGCCCCUGAUGUAAUAACCCUGCAAAAUAUAAUUCUUUUCAAAUGGUUUUCCUACAGUUGUAAAAGGACUACUUUCUUGUUAUUUAAUGAUGUUUUUCUUGCACUACUAAAGUGACAAGCAUUUUGUUAUAAGGAAAUUCAGUCAGACCAAAUAUUAAAGCAGAUAGGUCUGGAUUCUUUAUUAGCUAAAAUUUGAAAUAACAAUGAAGUUUAGAGUGCAAACAGAAUUUCUGUCAAAUACAAAUGACUAAGUUGUACAAAAUAGUGGUGCUUAAACAAAAAGUAAUAGGACUAGCAUAACCGUUGCAAAUCGUCCUGAUGGCCUUUUUUAUCAUUAUUAUGUCCAUCACUUAAUUUAUUGCCAUUAAAUUGUUAUAAAUAUAAUUUAGUUUCAUGUAACUGCUUUACCCAUCUUAGCCAAUGGACCCAUCUUAAAAUAUACCUGGCGAUCAAACUGCUGACCCCUACUAAACCUCUUUAUAAAAAUGUUUAGCCCCCCCCCUCUCUAGCCAAUCUGACAUAGCCUUAAUCCCCUUCUUUUUUCCCUCCACACCCCCCUUUACAUAAAUAAUGACCGGUCCCUUAGUGAUACCAUCCUAGGAGACCCAGGGGUAAUCAGUCGGGUCGGGAGAAAAGGCGGGACGAAAUUUAAAGUUUUCAAGUACGGGUGAAAGAGCCCCUGGGUACCGACUGUCAUCAAACUAUUUCCAAAACUUCAAGCGGAUGCCGGCUCCUGAUUGGGCACAAAAAAAUGCUUCGUAUUUUUGUGCCCAAUCGGCGAACAGUUUCCCCUGAGUUCUUUUCGUGAGUUCGUACAAGACGGCAAUUGUCUUGCCACACUUGCCCUGUUCGUUCACUAAGCUUGUGCGUGCAAGGGAAACUUUUAUUUUCUACUUUCCUAACCAGAAACGAAGGAACUACCGAUCAGACGAAAAAACGUUUGGGAUGCUAUCAGCAGGAGCAAUUCAAUUUGCCCCGAGAAUAUUCUGUUUUUGACUCAUCACAAUAUAUCGUAAGUAAUUGGAAGUUUAAGUUGCGGCGGCGACGAGAGAAAGUCAAAUAAGCAAUAGCUUGACAAGGCAAAAAAAAGCUUUGCACAUGCAUCACACUUUUUUGUACAUUUCUUUGCCAUCAACUGCACAGCUACCCGUGAAAAUGCCUAAUCAGUCAUGUUUUGUGAAGGACGUAAACAAGCAAUGACAAAAUUCAUUCUCUUCAUCAACUUGAAUAUGGUUGAUAGAAAUUCAGCUCCAGAAGAGUUCGCUUGAAUUUGACAAUGUAAGUGAGUUCGACUAAUCACGAUAGAAACUGAAAAAAUGUGAAUUCACUUUUCCAUGAGACGUUUUCGUGGUUGUCAGUCGUCGUGGUAUCUUUUAAAAACUCCCUAAUAUUUAUGCAAGACGUGACAGAUGCAAGCGUUAAUACCUGUUGCAAGCUCAAGCCUGUAUUUAGCGUCUUUAGUUUUCGGGCAGACAGUAUUUUGAAAUCAGCUGGGGAUUUUAAUUGAAACUGAAAGUUUCCUGACUGCGUGCAUUUCUGUGCAUGAGCCAGACAAGCCGUGAUCGAGACAAUAGCCGUCGAGCACGAACUCACGAAAAGAACUUAGGAGAAACUGUUCGCCGAUUGGGCACAUUAAUACAAAGCAUUUUUUGUGCCCAGUCAGGAGUCGCCAUCCGCUUGAAUGUUUGGAAAUAGCUCGGUGAGUGUCGGUACCAGGGGCUCUUUCGCCCGUACUUGAAAACUUUCAUCCCGCCUUUUCUCCCGACCCGACUGACUGCCCCUGGGUCCCCGAGGAUGUAAGUAAUACCUGUCUACUGCAUGCCUCUUUCAGCACAGGCGGCCCAGACUAUGUGGGAGUUCGUGAGACUUAAGCAAAAAAGGUCUAAAUUCCAUUUUUUUGACAAAAAUAGAAAUAAAAAUGACUCCCCUCUUGGUUUUGUUUUGUUAUUUACUGCCUCUUUUCGUCUUGAGUCAUUUGGAAGAUACUUUUUUUAACUAGACAGCAUUCCUACUUUGGUGUCAUGCAUUGUGAAAACUCGGAAUUUCAAAUUGCUUUAUUUUCGAAAUGAAUCUUGCUACGGGACUGGAAACUUGUACAAAGAUUUAUUUUUUGUUUAUCUUGUAUUUUGACUUUACAAUUUAAUGACGACACUGUGAAAAGCAUCUAUAUAAAUAACUACUGAGAAAACAUUUUUUGUUAAUGAUAGAUCAAUAAAUCAUAUAUGAACUGCGGAAAUGAAAUGAAAAUGAAGAAAACAUUUUCUAUAAAUAAGACGAGACAAACACCUGCUGUAAAAAGACUACUUCUCUCAAACAUCGAAAACAGCAGAGCUCAAAGCCUGGCCACGAAUUAAAGAUCUUCACAUGAUUUUCCUGAAUUCUUUCAACAAAUCCGUUUACGUCAGCUACGUUAUGGAACAUUUGCUUUACAGAGAGCUCCUCAAAAGAGCACAGCAUUUAAUGUGGACUGAAGCAAUUUUCCUCCCUAUCAUCAACAUAUUCUUAUGGCUAUCUCUGGGAAGAUUUCUGUUUCCUACGCCCGCGCAUAGAAACCAGAGACUUCAUUCGCUUGCCAAUAUUAUGUUUGUUAUAGCACUGGCUGAUAGUGAUUUAGUAAUAUCGGUUUGCUGUAUGCCUCUUUCAGCACAGGCGGCCCAGACUCUGUGGGAGUUCGUAAGACUUUGAUUUUAUAAGAGAAUGUAUGAAAAUAAGCAAAAUACGUCCUAAAUUCCAUUUUUUGACAAAAAUAGAGAUAAAAUGACUCCCCUGUUGGUUUUGUUUUAUUAUUCACAGCAUCUUUUGUUCUUGAGUCAUUUGGAAGCCGUUUUAUCGACGUUUAAGAUUUUGAGUUGUACAAACAACGAAUGUUGAAAUUGUAAAACGAAUGUCAAAUUUGAAAAAAGAUUGCUGCUAUUUAUAACUCAAAUGUCAAACUUAAAAUACAAAUGCCGAAUAAAAAAAAUGUUGAAUGGAAUAAAACGAACGUCAAAGUUGAAAAACAAAUGCUCAAUGGAAUAAAACGAAAGUCAGAGUUGAAAAACGAAUGUUCAAUUGAAUAAACUGAACGUCAAACUUGAAAAACAAAAUAAAAAUGUUCAAUCGAAAAAAAAAAAACAAACGUCAACCUUGAGAGACGAAUGACGAACUUUGAAAACGAAUGUUGACUUUGAAAAAUACGAAUGUCAAAUCUUAAAAACGAGCGGAACAGUUGAAUUUUGAUAAGGAAAACUCGCCAUAAAAACCCGCUUAGAACUCGGUCAAGACUGUAGAAAAUCCGGCGGCACUCGGAGUUUUUUGUACGUUUUGACUUUAAUUAGUUAAUUGGAAAUACCCCGGUAAAGUUCCCAAGUGCGGCCGCAGCCGUGUCUGCGAAGUGAAUGAAACCAACGGACGGCUUGAUUGAGUGACAAAGAUCAAAUUUCUCCGUGUUCUGGAAAAUCUUAUCCAGUACCCUAACGGACGGAGAGGCAGACGCUCUUGGCUACUAGGAUAUUUCUACUUUUGGAACUAUAUAUUGCCACUGUUUAAUUCUUGGCUGUGAAAGAAGGAAUUCAAAUUACUUUCUUGUUUGGUAUACGUAUUUAUAUAAAUAACUACUGAGAAAACAUUUUCAUAAAUGAAACGAGACAAACACCUGCCGUAAAAAGACUACUUCCCUCAAACAUCGAAAACAGCAGAGCUCAAAGCCUGGCCACAAAUUAAAGAUCUUGACACGUUUUUUCUGAAUUCUUUUAACGAAUCCGUUUGAGUCAGCCCCGUUAUGGAACAUUUGCUUUACAGAGAGCUCCUCAAAAGAGCACCGCCUUUAAUCUGGACUGAAGCAGUUUUCCUUGCUAUCGUCAACAUGAUGGCCAUCUCUGGUAACAUCUCUGUUUGCUACGCCGUGUAUAGAAAUCAGAGACUUCGUUCGCUUGCCAAUAUGUUUGUUAUAGCACUGGCUGUUAGCGAUUUAUUAGUAUCUGUCUGCGGUAUGCCUCUUUCAAUUGCUACUCUCGUUCAAGGCAGAUGGAUAUUCGGGCCUACUGUUUGUCGACUGCAGGGCUUUGCAAUUUUAACGUUUUCGAUAUCAUCUCUACUUACUAUGGGGGUCAUUGCAGUUAGCCGAUAUUUUUGCGUGGUGAAACCAACGAGGUACAUUGUAUUAUUCCGGAGGCAAAGAAUUUUGAUAUACACUGCGGCAGUAUGGUGUAUGUCUCUCAUUGGCUCAGUGCCUCCGCUAAUUUUUCAGACAGGCGGAUACACUUUCCAACCAGGAAAAGCAAUGUGCAUGUACCCAUUCCAAAGUAACAUUGCUUAUACCGUCUUCAUCGAAUGUGUGUUUGUCGCUGCGCCCUUUACAUUCAUCACUUUCUGCUACGCCAAAGUGUUCUACACAGUGUCAAGAUCAAAUCGUGUUUUCACACAAGAAAAUAACCCUGAACAGCUCAGAGCAAACGUCGAAGACGCCAAAGUGACCAAGACAUUAGCCUUGGUCAUGGCCAGUUUCUCACUGUGUUGGCUUCCUAUCUGUAUUACGGAUUACAUCGACGCAGCACGCGGGGAGCCCACUUUGCCAAGACAG